AUGGACAAAACCCAAUUAACCCUCUACCUUCUCCUCACCGUGGCGCUCGCCUCCGUCGCAGCGGUCCAGAUGAUGAUGGACCAGUUCAAGGAGUGCACCAGCAACGGCGUGCUCGAGUGUAACCUGCGCGUGCGCAAGAUCAACCGCACGACGGCGGCCCUCUACGGCAACGUCACGCUGCUCGUGGACCUCGGCAGCAACUUCGUGACCGGGUUCAACGUGUUCCACAGCGCGAAGGGCAACAACCAGUACAACCUGUACCCGAUGAAGAUCCCCGCGCUGGACACGUGCACCUUCUCCAACUCCUUCUGGAAGGACUACUACCCGUACAUCGUGCCGUACGUGCCGGAGAUCGAGAAGCCGGGCGUGUGCCCGAUCGCCGCAAAGCUGCUGCACUUUAACGACCUGGUGCUGGACGGGGCGAUGUUCCCGCCGUACGUUCCCCCUGGACUGUGGAAGAUGGUGUGGAAGGGCACGGAGAACGGCACCGACAAGUUCUUUGUGAUUGAGGUGGUGUUCAAGGUGUUCCCGAACGGGUUCUUCGGAAAGACAUGA